AUGAAUCAAAAUACUAACCCUCCUGGCUCUAAAAUGAAAGUUUUAUCUAAAGCUGCUUUAAAAUAUUAUCCAGAAGAUUUAAUAAAAAAAGUUGAAAGUGAAGAACAACAACAUUUUUCUAUUGAAAGUUUGGAACCAAUACCUGAAACACCUUUAAAAGGACCACCUUCUCGUAAAGGAAGGAAAAGAGUUUCAGAUGAUUCAUUAACAAAUACACCACAAUCUAAUGAAUCAUUAACUGGACGUGUUCCAAUAACUAAUAAUCAAAAGACAGCAUCACAAAAUAAUUUAACCACUAAACCUAAAUCAACUCAAAGAACAAAAAAACGCGAUGGUGGUGUUGGUUUAUCAGCUACUGAGCAAAAUGUACUUAAAAUUCUAGCUGCAAAUGCUCAAGAAUUAGGAAACCAAAAAGUACCACCAAUUACUAUACAACGUUCACAAACAAAUAUUAACACUGCUAAAAUUGUACCAGAAAAAAAACAAUUAACACAACAAAAUAUAAAAGGAAUAACAAACGAACAAUCUAAAAAUAAUUCUCCUCAUAAAACAAUAAUUCCACGAACUGCUGGACAUCCUCAAAAUGUUUCAGCAAUUUCUAAAGCAAGUCUCGAGUUGACCCCUAAUAUUACACCUAAUAUAAAAAGUAAUAUAACAAAAAGUGAUGUUGAUUUUGUUCCACAACUUGCUCCACAACGUAAUAAAUCUACUGGACGUAUUUCAACACCUAAAAUUGAACCUGAAAUUAUUAGAACAAUUCCUAAACUUGUUACUACUAAUUCACAAACAACCCCAAUUGCCCCAACACAUUUAGUUAUUACUCCACCACCUAAAAGAACUGUUAACACACCAAUGCAAAGAAUACAACCUAUGAGACCAAUUAAAUCACCCGAAUAUCAAAAUUCAUUAAAAAUAACCACUAAUAACCAACAAGAUAAUAAUACUAAUACAUUAACAAUCUCUCCACCACCAAUAAAUUUAGUUAAUAAACAAAAUACCCAACAAUCCACACAAAGUAAUGUUGCAGCAGCAGGUCAUUCUUUACCACCAUCUAAUAUUCAGGUUUCUCCACAGCAACAAAGUUAUAUUCAACAACAACUUUUACAACAACGUCUUCAUCAACAAAAUCAAAAAAUAAAACAAACACAGCAACAACCUUCCCAAAUUCGUGUACAGACACCAAAACAGAUACAAAAAAUUCAACAACAACAACAAACACAACAUCAAAAAAUACAACAAGAACAAGCUCAGCAACAACAACAUGUUAAAAGAGAAAUUCAGAAACAACAAAUCCAACAUCAUCAGUUUCAACAACAACAACAAAUUAACCAACAGCUUCAACAUCUUCAAAGUCAACAAUUUCAACAACAGCUUCAACAACAAAAUCAAAAUACAAUUUUAACUACAAAUAUUCAAUUCCAAGAAACAAUAAAAAAAUUACAAGAACAGCAAAAAAUUAAAGAAAAACUUUUAUUAGAUCAAAAAAGAAUUAAUUUAGAAAAUGCUGAAAAAAUGAGAAUUGAAGAGGAAACUCGGCUAAAAAACCAACAAAAGUAUAUUUUAGAACAAAAAAAUAUUAUUGACCAACAAACAGAUGGUCAUACGUCUGUUAUAUAUACAACAGCACAAAGUGGAUUACAAAAUUUAGGAACUGUUGGAAGUAACAUUUCUCAACAAAAUAUAUCAAAUAUUUCAAACCAACAAAAUUUACAAGAUUUUAUUAAUCAAGUAACAUUACAAAAUGUUACAAAUCAACAAAAUCAAGAACGUUUACUUGAACAACAACGUUUUCAACAAGAAACUGACAUGGUAAGGGAACAUAUGGGAAGGAUGAUUGCUGCAAAUAAUUUAAAUCAACCAUGGCAAAACACACAGACUGUAAAUAAUAGUGAAUUGCUCAAUUAUUUGUUAAAUCAAUUUGCAACUAUUAAUCCUCAAUUAUUCAAUCAAUUCCCUAUAAAUCAUGAUACUUUGCAACAACUCCUACAUGGAAAAUCAGACCAAACUUUUCAACGAAUGCUUAUACAACAUCUUGUUAAUCAAUUGCAUUUAUUGCUAAAUCAAAAUAUUAGUCCUAAUAGUCAAAUUUUAACACAACAACAGGUACAAUCUACUCAACAAAAUCAAAAUAUUAAAGAUAAUACAAAUGUUAAUAUGUCAAAUACAAAUUCUGAACAUCAUCAACAACAAAUUGCAUAUAAUACAGCACUAAAUAAUUUAGCUGCUGCUGGUAUUACAGAUGAAAAUCGUCUUCGUCUUCAACAAGAAUAUGCUUCUGUUAUUAGAUCCUUCCAAGAGGAAGAAAGUAAGAAACAAAAAGCUGAAGAGGAUAAAAAAAGAUUAGAAGAAUUGUUAAAAAAACAACAGGAGAAUGAAUUAUUAAAAAAGGAAGCUGAAAAACAACGUCUUCAAGCUGAAGAGUUAUGGAAACGUCAGGAGGCUGAAAAAAGGCAAGCUGAAUUAGAGCAAAUGAAACAAAUAGAAAUUGAAAGAAUGAGAAUUGUUGAAGAAGAAAAUAAACGUAAAGAGGAGGAAAAAAGAGUUGAAGAGGAAAGGAAAAGACUUUUAAAUGAAAAAAUAGAAAUGGAAGCUAGAAUUAAAGCUGAAGACGAAAUGAAAAAAUUAUUUGAAAACAAAAAACCAAAAUAUGAUGAUAAUAAAAAAGUUUAUAAAGUAAAUGAUAUAAUAUGUAACAGAGUACCACAAAAAUUAGAGAAAACAAAAAAUAUAGUUAUUGAAACUAAAAAAGUUCUUACUGUUGAAGAAAAACAAAAAAAAGUGGUCGAAGAUGUACAUAAUAAAAUAAGACAAGAAGUUCGUCAACAAGUUGUAAAUAAUAAAAGUAAAAAACAAGUUAAAAAUAAUGAAGAACAUAAAAAUGAAGAAAAUCGUAAAGAUGUUAUUGUUCUUCAUAAAGAAAGAGUAUUAGAAAAAGAAAAAAUAGGUGCAUUUAUUCUUCAAGCUAAUCAAAUUUAUCAAUUAAAUAAAAAUUGUAAUAUGGACGAAUUUUUAAAACUUUGUAUAUGUUUGGAUCCUUCAACGAAUAUUGAGGAGAAAAUAUGUGGAGAAAAGUCACUUUUCAAAAGAGAAGAUCUUUUAAAAAUACCACCAAAAGUUUUUCUAGAAGAUCUAUCUGCUGAACAUAGACGAGUAUGUAAAGAAUUAGAAGAAGAAGCUAAACGCCUUAAUAUUGAUUGUAAACGAUAUCCAAUAGUUGAAACAAUAUCAAUAAAAAAUAAUGAACAAGGAAUAAAACGUACUGGUGGUCCUAAUUCUAAUAAUACACCCUAUAAAAAACCUUGUUUAGAAAAAGUCAAUAAUUCCCCAAUUGUUUUAAAAACAAAUCAUUUAAGUAAACCAAAAAUUGCACCAUGCCCAAGUACUUUUCUUCCACCAUCAUCAUUUAAAACUUCAAUUCAACAUUCUACUGUUUUAAAACCUAUUGCAACAAAUUCAAUAGUCAAAAGAGAUGUGGUUCCACCAAAAAUGAUACUAGUUCAAAAAACUUCAUGUGGUCAAUUACAACAAAUUCAAGAUCCUUCUACUAUAAUUGUUCCAAAAAUUGAGAAAAGGGUAUCAGUUAGAAAAACAACACCUAUUGUAUUACCAACAAAAGUAUUAAAACCAAUUCUUGUUACUAGUAAAAAGGAAAUUAGUAAAGUUACUCCUCCAGUUAUUGUCAAAAAAACUUCCGUUUGCAAUUUUAAAAAUGGAGAUAAAUCUACGGAAAAUACAACAAAAUGUAAAAGCAAAACCAUUUCUAUGACGCGGUCACAAAUAGAAGAGCGAUUAAAAGCAUUUAGAGCUGCCGCAAAUGUAGCUGCUACUACUCCUAAAAUAGAUGGUAAUUCUACAAAAAAUGAUUCUACUGAAAGUGAUUCUAAUAAACCUGGACCAUCUGGUGUAAAAAUAAAGUUAAGUGAUAAAGAUAUUGAAACAUUAAUAAAUAAAGGUAAACCACGUCAAAAAACGAGUGGUCUUGAGAUGGUUACUAAAAUAAAAAAUAAAUUUGAAAAAGAAUAUUUGGGUGAUUUUAAUGUUGAAUUAGUAAAAGUAGAAAAAGUUGUUGGUGGUAAAAAUAGUAAAAUUACUUUUGAAAAUGGAAAAACUGAAACAAAUAAUCCUAAUUUUCGGAAUGGUUUUUCAAAAAAAAAGAAACACAAAAAAGAUAAAAAAAUAAGUAAAAAAAAUAGUAAAAGAAGAAAAAGAACAAUAAAAUUUGAAGAAAAUGUUGGAGUACAUUUAUUUACACCUAUUUGUAGUGAGGAUGAGUAUGUUGAACCACCAAUUCCUGUUACGGAUCAAGUUAUUUAUGUUGAAGAGUUAAUUAAAAAAGUAAUUUUUAAUCAAAACACUAGUCAAAAGCAAAAAAAUGAAGCUUUAGUAAGAUUGAAUAGUAGAUUAGAAGAUAAACAAUAUAUUAAUUUAAAGGGUGUUGAUGAAAAUGAUAUUUUAAAAGAUAAUUUUAUUACAGAAUUAGUUUCUUCUGUUAUUCAAUUUAAGAAAAAAUUAACUCUUUUAGAUAAAUUGACAGAAGAAGUUAAUGAAGAAAUGGAAAAAUUACCAACAUUUUCAGAUAGUGAAAAACUUAAACAUAAAUUUAAACUGAUAAUUAAGAACGAACUUUUAAAACUUGACGAAGAAAGAAAAAGAAAUACAUACGAUAGAUUAAAAUCAAAAAAAAUUGAUAAACUUAAUUCUGGAAAUGUUUGCAAAGAUGAUUUAAAAGUUGUUGAUGGCACUGAAAAUAAAAGUACACUACCUGAUAUUCCUGAUGAUGUUGAUUUAAGAAAGGAAGAUCUUCAAUGUCAUGAAUUAAUAGAUGGAAAAGAUGUUACUAUGGAAGAUAGUGAAUCAACAACUGAGAAAAAAAAUAUUGAGUUAGAAAAUGUAAUAAUACCAAAAGAAAUUGCAUGUGAUAAUUUAAAAUAUAUUACAAAAAAGCAAGCUAUUUAUAUUUACAAGUUUGUUAGAACAAUACCAUCUGGUGUUAAAAAAAUUUUAAAUGAUAGUAGUUCAUCAGUUUAUGAUGAUAUAAAAAUGGACUACAUUAAAAACAAUCCUUCAUUUAAAACUAUUUGUGAAAUUAAAUUACCAAAAAAGAUAGAUAUGUUGUUGAAAUCUGUUAAAUUCAAUGAAUUAGGUGUACCUAUAUUCAAGUCAAAAAGAGACAUUUAUAUUUGUAAAGUAUUUCUAAAAAGAUACAUAUUAUCUAAAUUAUAUUCAAUUUCUAAAAGAAGAAUAAAGAUAUUGGAGGGUCACCAUCAACGUCUUGAAGAGUUACAUAAGAAACAUGAAUAUGAGAGAGACCUCCAAACACGUAAACAUAAUCGUGAAAAUAAAGAAAUUAAGAUUGAUAUUGAUUACAUGAAAAAAUUUAUGAGUGACAAAAUUUUAAAUGAAUAUGAAACUGAAAAAGAUGUUUCAAUGAAAAAGAUGCUUGAAAAAUUAGAUUUAGAAGAGCAAUAUCAGUAUAAUGAGCUUAAAGAAUGGUCUUUAAAUCGUAAUUUAGUUGCAAAAUGUGCUCCUCCGAGACAUUCAACUUAUUUAAGACGCAAUUUAGUUGAUUCAAAAAAUAUUAUUGAAACAACAAGAAGAGGUGCAAAAAAGAAAGUUGUUAUUGAGGAUCCAAUACCUCAUUAUAUGUUACCAUGUAGUUCAGUUAGAAUUGAUGAAGAUGUAGAGUUAAUGGAAAAAGAAUGGCAAGAUAAACAAGCUACUUUAAAAGUUGAUGAGGAACCAGUUGUUAAAACAAAUAGUAGAAAUAAGAAACCUAAUACUAUAACUGUAAUAUAUGAGGAAAAUCGUGUUAUUCGUGAUGGCAAAAUGUUUUAUAUCCAUCAAAAUGUUUUUUGUGAAUUUAGACAUAUUGGUCAAAUGAUGUGUUAUAUGUUUUUAAUUAAUAAAGAUGAAUGCUUUUUAAGAUCAAGAUUACUUGGUGAUACAAGAAUAUUUUGUGUUUCUAAAAAAGAUUUAGAAACUGGUAGAGUUGUAUUUAAAAGGAAAGCAUCGCAAAAGAAAACUCCAAAAGAUCCAAAUGAACCAAGUCCUGUAAAAUCACGUGCCAAACGUGGUGGACGAACUUCUAGAGGAGGACGUGGUGCACGAGGUAGACGAGGGGCAAGUCGAUCUCGUGGUGGACGAGGUAAUCGUGGUGGUAGAAGAUAA